GUCGAUGUUCGGGAGGAGACAGUGACGAAGACAUGGAGCGUCCGAAAAAGGGCCUGUUUACAGGUCGGUGGCGUGCCCCUGGACAUCCCUUAUCAUAAUGCUGGGGCUUGGAGCUCUAGAGAGAAGGAACCUGCAUUGUCCGGAGUCUCCUGUGAACAGAGCCACCUCACAGUUGUACCCAGUGCUGCAUAUGCGCUUCGUCAAUGAGCUGGAAAGUAAUGAAGACCUGAGCUCAAACCUGGGGCCGGUUACACUCGAGACUUUUGAGCAGGUGUUAGAAUUGACACACAGCAGUGGGAUUAAAGACAUUGAAUUUACACAAACUCCUGAGUUUAUCUCUAAAACUGGAGACCAAGGGUUCAAGGAGGCUUGUGUCUCGAGUGCUGCUGUAAUGUUGGGUGUUGUGGAUAGAGGAGGCUCCCUGGAAGUCUCUCCAUCUACUCAGAAUCUGCUACUCCAAGACCCGGUUGAAUCUUCUGCACUGCAAGUAACAGCGGAUCUUAUUGAGACGUCUCUCCGUCCUGAGCUCCCAUUGUUGCACAUAGCAGAUGAUGAGGUGUUGAAUGAGUCUGUGCUCAAGCUGAAUGGUAAAGCUUCAGGUAUGGUAGCCAGGGAUGCUGGGGCAGUUUUACAUUCAGAACCGAAUGAGAGAUUGAGUAUUCUCCAGCCCGAUACUCACAGGAGUGAACCCCCAGACCAGAAUUGUAAGUCCUGUGGGGAAGUGUCAGAUAGCCCCGGUUUUAACACUGCCGAGCCCCAGGCUUCAUCAUGCAGUUCUUCCGGGGAUCAUGUUUACCAGAAAAAUAGUGCAUCAGUCUCUAGAAUCAACCAGUCCGACAGCAAGAGUGAUGGGGAUGCUUCAAACAGUACAUUGUGCCUUGAAGAUCUGCACUUGCCACUUCACCCUAGUGCAUUUAAUACUUUAAGUGAGAGAAGUUCUGAAUGCCUUGAUCCCUCAGAGUCUGCAAAGUCUGAAGUAACUGAAAAAUAUGAAGGGGUUCCACAGUCUUUACCUGACGUUUCAAGUACACAUGCAGACUGUGAAACAGAAGCAAACAUUGGGCGUCCUUUGGAAAGUACAGUGUUUAACGAAGCAUGCCCACAUACAGGACGUAAUGCGUGUGAACUUAAAGAAACUGAGGAGGUGCAGUCUACAGUGGUCCAAAGACCUGACAGUAAAGAAGCAGGUCUUUCCUCAACAUUGUCUGAGAAUGCAGAUGUAUCCAUGGAGGAUGUUCACUCCCAAGACUUUUCCGGGUCAUCGGAUCGUUUAGCUACUGAACAUUUGUUUGAACAAUUUAGCGAAACGGGAGCAGUUUUAGAAGACGUCUUGUCCAAUGAUUCAAAUUGUAGACAGCCUGUUGAACAUAUGUUAGUUGCCAAGUCAGAAGCAGAAGAAUUCCCUAUUUCACAAAUGACUGAUGAAUGUAACUCUCAUCAAUUAGUUGAUUGUCCAAAACAACUCCGCUGUACCAGGGAAGAGGAGGGCUGGUUAUCACGUGGUAUGGAUUUGAAGCCUGCACUGUCAACGACUGCAGCAAUAAUGCAUGAUGAAAGGAUAACUAGUUACUCGAUGCAGCAUAACAUACUAGUUUCUGUGAAUUGUGAUAAUCGACACCAGAACUAUAAAGACUCUGAUGUGACAAAGCAGCUGUGCCAAGACACACAUCUGCUUGAACACCAGGAUAGCAGUGUGAGAUCUCUAACAGACCUGCAGCUAAAGGAAGAUGAAAGACAUGUCAUUUGUCCCACUGUACCACCACUGGGGUCUCCUGACCUGAAUCUUUUGCUUGUUGAAGAAGGACAUUCCAUGAGAAGCAAAGAGACUGAGUCAAGUGGGAGGUUACAUUUUAGAGUAAUUGAUAAACAACUUAAUGAAGUUGAUGAUUCAAGCAAACAAAAUGAUCUUCAAGAAACCAAUCUUAGUGACCUUUCGAGUGAAAAUUGCACCAUGCUAUCACAGUCUGAAGAUUUACCACUAGCACUUAAAGAAACAAACUUGAAAUCCAGUUCAUUGAAUGAAGUGCCUUAUCAGACCCCUGGCAACGUCAAGUCUUCAAGAGAAAAUCAACUAUCCUCUCCUCUGACCAUUUUUGUUGAAGAAACAAUUCCGCAGAAUGCCAUUGUACCAUACAUAGAUGUUUUGGGUUUCCUGGCAAAGCUGGAAGUACCUACCGCACAUUACAAGGAGAAUCAUCAAACCUCUGUUUCCAGCGACACUAUGUAUAAAUGUCAGAAUCAAGAUAACAGUGGCGUCCGGAAGGAGAUUGAGGAACUGAGCUUAUUGGAACACUCUUCAUUACUUUUCACGAGGAAAGAAGAGCAACAGGAUUCCGAAGAUAUCAGUUGCAAGUCUGGAGAUUGGGAUCGCUUACAGAGACAUAACGACCAUAUCUGUGCUGGGUAUGGCAAAUCUAAGGAAACAGGGUUUGGUACGAUGCAUGAAUGCUCAACGUCCAGCUGUAAGGUCCUGUCAGGUACUGUUGCUGAGAUAUCCAAUGUGUCCAGCUGUAUAGUAAAUUCAUCUGUUGUGAAUACUUCAAGUAGAAAUAAUAUCUUAGAUGGUGACUCUGAUAGCUCUCUUGUAAUUUAUAAAGUCAACGCUGCAGAGUUAUGCACGUCCCAGGAGUCCUCUGCACCAGUUGAGGUGAGUCACCCUUACGCACUUUUGAAAGGAGAUGCUGCCAGAGGGACAGAUGGUGAUGGGCUGUCCGCUGAAAAGAGUAAUAACUCGUCUUCUGAAUGUGACGCAGGUAAAUAUGAACACCUGCAGUGCUCUAAAGAUAGAAGAGAGGCUAUAAGUAUCUUACCAGUUGGCACUUUUUCCUCUCUUCUGCCAUUUCAUUCUGUGAAACAAAAGGCAGAUAUUAAUAAAAGCCAAAGCUACGAUGACAUUGCAGUGGGAAGCUUACAGUCUCUUGUUCCUAACCCUUUUUGUUUUUCCCUAACUAAAGAAGUUGGUCAGACAGAUGUACAUCAACCGAGCUUGGAACAUUGUUCUGUAUCUAACAAUGAUAUUAAAGUGUUUUCUGUACCUGAGUCCAGGAGUUGUGUGAAAGACUCUUCACACGUAAUAGAUCUUGUUUCAGUAAGAAUUUUACAGCCUCCUGUUGAGACAAAACUUCAUUUAGUCUCAAGCCUUGGGAAGAAUACCUCGCCUGCUAAAGUUCGUCACUGGCAAGUUAAACGUAAAAGGUUAUGUGGUGAAAGCUCGAAAGAACAUUCUACCUUUAGAACCAAUGUGCACCAGGAAAGACUUCUGCAAGAACACGAGCCGAAAAGCAAGAUGCUGAAGCAAAACAUUGAUUUUACAAGUUGUAAUCGCAUGGCCAUUGCUUCCAAAAAUCCACAAAAUGCAUUAAAUUGUGUCACUGGGCAUAUGCUGGAUCCCCAAAAUCCUACCUGCGAAAUUUUACCAGAAGCAGAAAGGCCAAAUAUUUCUAGUAGAAAACGUUCCCCGUUGUUUCAGCAAACUGACACUACGCCUGCUCACAUGGACUUAAAUUGCACUGUUAAAUCUACAAGCCUCCAUCCGCUCUCUUACCAAGACUUGCCAAGUACCUCCGGAUGCAGCUCUCACUUAACCAAAAAUUUGUUUGUGAAAAGACAACCAAGCAGAAAAUGUAAGAGUAAUCCUGUGCAGGGGCAUAUCCAAGCUCCCCAAAGACUUGGCACCUAUAAGGGCACUAUACCGAUAAAAGCAAGUAGUUUCUCAACUUCUAAAGAAGAGUGCAAAUUUCAUCUGUUUAAGGACGCGGCAAGAAAACCAUUGAGCUUUACUGCACAGACCUCAAAUCAUCACCCGAUGCAGAGAGAUGUAGUCAGCUCUCGCAUGAAGCACGCAUUCCUGCAUAAAUACACCAAAGAUCAAGCCUUAUUGCACCAGUUGUCGUCUAUUGCCUCUAGACUGAUGUCCCCGGUUACUGGCUCCUGCCGCUCACAAUCUUUCACGAGCAGGUUAAGACGCACUAAAUUUGGUGGCGUGCAGCUCCAAGCCAGGAAACUGCUGGAGGCUUUCUCUUGUGUGAACAUGAAGCUGAGCUCACCUUCUGGAGAACAUUGGUCGCAGACUAUAUCCCUUAAGACAGACAGAGACCACCUUCUUUCCCAGCCACUAGCUCUGUAUCCUGCAUCUCAGAUGUGCUACAAUAGACUAAGUAACAACAGUGUGCUGAGUCCCUGUGAUGCUGCUACAUUUCCGGUUUCCUUUCACAUUAAACUGGAUUCUUGUAGUUUACCAGAAUUUAUAAGGCUUAGUUCGCCGCUUGGUGUGCCUAGAGGGCAAACGACUACCGGUAACUCAUCGCAACUAUCUGAAUGGACGCUUUCUCUCUUCCUCUCUCCACAUCUCCCUACCACUUCACAGAAUAUCCACAUACUCACUCAGUGGGAUCCACGCUUCAGAGCCAUAGAAGCCCCUCCCUCAGGUUCCACACACAGAACACCUGCCAUAAGAAGAGGUUCUGGAUGCUCAAUGCACGGCCUUCAUACUAUUCUAGCACUUUCAUCUCCCGGAUGUUACAGGUUAUGGACAAGGAGAAGGAAUCUGGGAAGCAGGAUCCCCACCGUCCAGCGACUCUCCGUGGCUCAAUUUGCACAAGGCCUAAAGAUCUCACAACACAUUUCGCCAGCAAGAAAACACGUCUCUUUGCCCCAUUCUCUUGGCCGGGCCCUGUCCACAUGGAGUCGGCAUGGCUCAUCAUCUCCCCCUUCUGACUGCCCUACCUUUCAUCACAACUGCAGUGUGCAGCAGACAGACCUUGGCAUCAGUGUCAGGUAUCCAGACCAUUUGCUUGGAGCUCCUAGACUUCUGCUGAACACCGGACCCUCAACAGAGGACACACAUAGUCUAAAAGAGGAGAAUCAAUCGCCCUCCGUGAAACCAAAGACAUGUAAACUUGAAGAUAACCUAGAGCCGCCUCUUGGGAUUUCACCUCCUAAAUCUCCUGUUCAUGCAUUUGAACAAAAAGAGUCCUUACCUGGUUCACGUGUCAGAGCGCAGAGCGGCAGAAAGGAAAAUGACAAGAAAGAAGUUCUGGCAAAGAAACCUCAGCGUGUGUCUCAAAUACGAAUCCGGAAAACCGUACCCAAACCAGACCCCAACCUCACCCCCAUGGGAUUGCCCAAGCCUAAAAGAAUAAAUAAAAAGGAAUUCAGCUUGGAGGAUAUAUACACAAACAAGAACUACAAGUCUCCACCUGCAACCCGGAGCCUUGAAACGAUAUUCGAGGAGCCAAAAGAAAAGAAUGGAAUUUUAGUCUCUGUCUCCCAGCAGAAGAGGAAGCGUAUUCUGGAAUUUCGAGACUGUACCGUGCCAAAGCCAAUGAGAGCUAAAAGCAAAGUGAAGGUCUUUACAGGGUCUAAGCGAGGACGAAAGGCUGCCAUGCAGGGGGUGCAGCUUGAUGCGCUACUUAUCCAAAAACUCAUGGACUUGGAUAAGUUCCUACUAGAGGAAGAAGCUGUGGAAAGAUCCACCGAGGCCACAGAAACCCCAAGUUAA